CGACCCUCCUAUAAAACACCUUAAACCCUAGUCUUUUGCCCUCUCAUCUCUCUGUUGCCUCUCUCUUGUAUCCACCUCUAAACCCUAGCUUCUACAUUUCUCCUCCCUGAGGCAUCUACGAUGGCUUUCUGUAAUAAACUCAGCGGUCUUUUGAGAAACACGGUUACCCAGAACGCACAGGCUCCUGUAUCAUCUCUGCUCUGUUCUGUCCGCUAUAUGUCUACGAAAAUCUUCGUCGGAGGUCUCUCGUGGGGAACUGACGACCAGUCUUUGAGAGAGGUUUUUUCUAAAUACGGUGAUGUGGUCGAUGCUAGAGUUAUCGUAGACAGAGACUCUGGUAGGUCAAGGGGUUUUGGCUUUGUCAACUUCAGCAGUGAGGAAUCUGCUACUUCUGCCAUAUCGGACAUGGAUGGCAAGGAACUGAACGGUCGUAACAUCCGAGUGAACGCUGCCAAUGACAGACCCAGUGCCCCUCGAUCUUUCGGUGGGGGCGGCUAUGGUGGUGGCUAUGACGGUGGAAAUGGUGGCUUUUAAGCUUAGGCAGGCAGUAACAAUCGUUUAGAUUGGCAAAUCACAUGUCUUGCCACUAUGACAGAGAUCAUGUUCUACUUUAUCAGAUCAGUUGGGUUCCUGAAUUCAAUCUAUAUGCUUAACUACAAUCCUAAUGGGAUUGUGUCCGAACUUGGUGCAUGUGUUUGCCCCUUUUGGAUGUGAACUUUGAUGAAUCUUUUUAUCUUUCCGUAUGGUAAGUCUAUUAGGAUGAUAAUAGACUCGAGCUUCUUUUUUAUAUUUGGGAUCUUCAGUUUUUUUU